AUGCAGCGUCUAGAUGAUUCAGAAUUGUCAAAACCACCUUCAGAGGUGCUAGAAAUUAUUUGCAAACUGGGUAAAGGAUCGUACGGGAGUGUCUACAAAGCUCGGUACAAAGCUAAUGGCGGAAUAGUUGCAGUUAAAAAGGUUCCAGUUGAUAGCGAUCUAGCUGAUAUUGUGAAAGAGAUAUCCAUCAUGCAGCAAUGUGAUAGUCCAUUCAUUGUCAAAUGUUAUGGUAGCUUGUUUGAUAGUCAAGAUUUAUGGAUAUGUAUGGAAUAUUGUGGUGCUGGAUCAAUUGCUGAUAUUAUGCGAUUGAGAGGUAGACCGAUCCCGGGUGAAGAUCAAAUCGCUACAGUCCUGCAUUAUAGUCUAUGCGGUUUAGACUAUUUACAUCAGAUGAGAAAAAUUCAUCGGGAUAUCAAGGCGGGGAAUAUUCUGCUACUGAAUUCAGGUGCUGCAAAGUUAGCUGAUUUUGGUGUUGCUGGCCAGUUGUCUGAUACACUAGCCAAACGGAAUACAGUUAUUGGGACACCAUAUUGGAUGGCGCCCGAGGUUAUACAAGAAAUUGGUUACAACUGCUCAGCAGAUAUUUGGUCGUUAGGUAUCACUGCUAUAGAAAUGGCUGAUGGCAAGCCACCACUGGCUGACAUACAUCCCAUGCGUGCCUUGUUUAUGAUACCAAGUCAACCAGCUCCAGCUUUGCGUAAACCAAAUAAUUGGUCGUUAGAAUUUCGUUCAUUUGUGACAGCCUGCCUGGCGAAAUCACCUGAGUCGCGGCCAACAGCAGCUGCUUUGUUACAAACAGAAUUUAUACGAAAUGCAAAACCAUGUUCUAUAUUAUUACCAUUAAUUAAUGAGGCUAACGAAGCUCGUGAAAGACGUCUGUUACAGCAGCAGCAGCAACAACAACAGCAGCAGCAAAAUCAGCAUCAUCACCAGCACCAGCAACAACAACGAACAUCUUCGCCUGGUCAGCCGGGUUCGUCUUCACCUCAUACCAAUUCUUCAUCGUCACCUGACACACCGGUAGCUGAUGUGAAACGACGCCAUUCACUGGGGAAUAAAACUGAUGAUAAACAAAAUCAGCAGGUACAUCAACACGAUGAGACAGAGGAUAAUAAUAAUAGUAAUCUACGAACUAUGGUGCGUUCGAAUACUACACGGAAUUAUAAUAAAGAAACUGGCUUACACAUGGAUGGAGCGGCUACUCUAGUCUCAUUGAAUUCAAAUCAUGGAAGUGCCUACAGUGGUGAUGGGAAUGAUGGUAGUGGUAGCUUUAUACGCCAUCAUGACUACCAUAAAGACGAUGACGAAAUGAACUUGAAUGGUUCCUCUGGUAAUCUUGAUACAAUGGUUGUCAAUGAUGCUGCAGAAAGUGAAGAGGAUAGCGGUUCUGUUGUUGUCCAUGAUAUCAGUAGUUCCUCGGAUGGUGGAUAUGAUGACAAUGAGGGUGACGACGCCGAUGCCGAACGGGAUCAACGUGAAGCGUUCGCUUUACUGGACGCUGCUCUCCCGUCGGCGAUCACGACUACCGAGGGGACAUUGACGCGUAAAAUUGAUAGAGCUGUCAAAAUUGCGAAUCAUCAUAAUAAUAAUAUUGAAUUACAUGGGCAACAAGAUUCCGAAGUGAAUAAUGAUGUCAAUGGAAAUGUCGUAGGCCAACAACAUCACCACCGUCAGGUCGUUCCACAUCAACCGGGAGCCCAGCCUGCAGCACCAGCCCCUUUUAUUCAAAGACCAUUUGCACCAUUUUCACGAGCUAUCCAACAAAAUAAUCCUUACACAACAAAUGAUCCCUCGUCAGCUGCCGGUGGUUGUGGCGGUGGUGGUUUGAAUCGUCUCUCCUAUACAGAAUUAGAACAGUUGUUAAUCACUUUGACCAAUGACUUAGAAAUUGAAUUAAAAAAUCUAGCUGUUCGCUACCGGCAUAAACGUCAACCUCUGCUGGAUGCGAUAGCCGAGAAAACAGCGCAAGCUGGUUAUACCUCGUCUGUGCCAAGUAAAUCAACAAUACCAGUGAAUAAUGAAACAUAAUUUUUAUCCGAAUCCUCAAUUAUUCUCCCCUUCGCUUACAUUAUUAUUAUUGAUUUGGUUUUCUAAUGUGUAUACUGUUGGUAAUAUUAUCGACAUUAUUAUUUGUAUUUAUUCUUUGGAGUGUUUCUCAAACACCUUCUCGCUCAUAUCUCAAGUAUUAUUUUGCAUGUUCUCCGUGAAACCAUCGCCAGUUCACCGUGAAAACUUUGAAAUGCUUUUCCUGUCUAGUUUUUUGCCUAAGCUUCCUUUCCUUUUGUUUUCUACUAGACAGGUGCUUAGUGUCACACCCAUCGGCUAGUAAGGUAUAGGAGUGUGGCGAGCACAGGAAUCUAACCUCAGAUAGCUUCUGCAUAGGUAUAGAGUUUGGGGCUAUGCUAAUACCCCUCUUAUCUCUAUCGUAUAAAUCAGUAAUACCAGUUAGCAAUCAUUGAAGCGUAAAGAAGAAGGGGAAAAAGAAAGAGCGUUUGACUGUCUCUCUUUCUUUCUCUCCUCAUUUUUCCCCUUAAGUCUUCGGUAUCGUUAAAUGCCUCCAUACUUACUUUAUUCCUGUAUCUCUUAGAAUUGUUAGCAAUCCCAUGAUUGGUAUUCCAUUCUCCACAGAGUAUUACUCUUUCUGACUCUCACCCUUACUAAUAACUCAAAUGUGUAUUCCUUUUUCUCCAUCGAAGUGGAACAGCAUUUAGGGGUUCAAGGUGCCCACCAACCUUCUUUUCCCAGAUCCUUUUGGUACCAACCAACCUAACAGCAAGGUUAGGGAGGUUUUUUUGUAAAACUGAGUCGGCAAGGGGGAAGAUGCAGGGAGAAAUCAGUCGAACCCAACACACCCACCCAUCCCAACACGCUUGCUCCCGCAUGCGUAGGUGCCUAGGUAAAUCAUUAUAAUCAUUGAUACUGAUUUUCUUCUUUGCAUUUUUUGGUUUUUUUGAGGCGGGCAAAUCAUCUCUGUUGUUUUUAACUCCGUCUCAUCAUUUACAACAGAAAUUAAUAGUUUACACACUUCAAUUCACGGACAAUUCGUGUGUUUGUGUGAAUUUUUGCAUUUCAAUGUCAAACUUUUCUUUCUCCC